ACUAGCCAACACAAAAGUGACCGUGCAGGCUGCGUUUGCAGAUGACUUUGACACCUCCAGGGCUGUUGCAGCAAUUAUGGACCUCGUUCACCAUGGCAACAGACAGCUUAAGGCUGUUACUAAGGAUGCUGGAUGUCCUCGGAGCUCUGUUGUGUAUGGGAGCAUUAUUUCCUACAUAGAAGGCUUUUUCAGUGCCCUUGGGAUGUCCUUUGGAGAAAGGCAGGUGGCUGUGGGAGGAGACAGCUCUGCAGUGCUCUCCAACGUGCUGGAGGAGCUGGUGCAGUUCCGCGCCAAGGUGCGGCAGUUCGCGCUGGCUCUGCCCGACGCGGCACACUCUGUGCCCGUGGAAGGUGCUGCAGGAGCUGAAGAGCCCAAGCAGGAGCAGAAGGAAAAGAGGCAGCAGUUAAUGAGGGAGAGGAAACCCCUCCUGGAGGCUUGUGACAAUCUGCGGAGAGACCUUGCUGCCUUUGGGAUCCACAUAAAGGACAGAGCUACUGUUUCGACCUGGGAAAUGGUGGAAGGACAGACAGAGCAGCAGCCUGAGAAAAAAAGCUGA